CAGAUUAUGUCCAGGGCUGCCACACGCAGAGUGGUCCGUGGAUUUAUAUCAUGGGCAUCACCUGGGACCUGUUAGAAAUGCAGAAUCUGGGGCUGUGCCCCGGGGGAGUUAAAAUAGAACCUGCCUUUUAACAAGAUGCCCAGGUGAUUACAAUAGGCUUUCAAGUUUGAGAAGUGCUGGUCUGAAGCCUCUUCAGGCCCCAGAGCCGGUGCAUGUGGGCUGUCCUAGGGGUAGCUGGGAGGGGCCAACCAGGGAGGCGAUCCACCGCGCAGCUCUUCCCCCCCCCCCCCCCCCCCCCACGGGGCCUCUGAGCUGGGUUAGGGCCCAGGAGACGCUACUCGCUACUCGGGUUUCUUGCAGUGGGACCAGCUGCCCCUUGGGGUCUGACAAGCCUCGAAGGUCAGAGCCUGGAACCAGAGGACAGCAAGAGGCACAGAGAGGGGAGGGGCUAUCCUCAAGUUCUGAGCCUUCUUCCCACUGCCACCUGUCCUCCAGCCAGGUGGGAGGAGGUGGUCUAUAAACUUGGCGAUCCAUCCCCUGGAGACCCUGACAGACCCCACAUGGUGACACUAUUUAGUAGCUGCUCAUUGAACUUGAGUCUCUCUCUCGCCUGCUUUGCUUGUGCCCAAGCACAAGCUUUUCUAUCACUGUCCCCAACCCCAGUGAUCCUGUUCCCUGCCCUGUGCCUGUUUCAGGGAGAAGAGUUUUUGUCCCAAGGACAGCACCUCCCCUGCCUUCCUUUUUACUCCCAGUUCAAAAAAACAACCCCUCAGAGCUCUGACCCAGAAACCCUCAUAUCUUCUCUGGCUCCAACAGGGAAACUGAGGUUGGCCUUCAGCAGCAGAAGCAGAGGGCUGGCUAUUGGGAGCAAGAGCAGAUCAACCUGAGCCUGGCUUGAGACUUAGAACCAGGCUGGUGUCAGGUGGACAUUGAGCCUCAGUGUUGAUCCUGGUUCUGCCACAAACAUGUUGUGUGACCCCCAAGGAAGCCCCCGUGCUCUCUGGGCCUCCGUUUCUCCCUCUAACUGCAGAGGGAGAGAGGUGAGCGGGAUGGCUUCUGAGAGUCUGUGUUUUCUGCCCCUGUGUCAACCUCUCAGCCUGCAAAGUGGGCCAAGGGUGAGUUCCAUCUACACGGUGGCGGGAGGAGGCUGGAGGAGGAGCCCUAUUCCAGGCCUUGACUCUUAGUCUGGAAGAGGAGACCCCAGCGAGCGUGGGUUCCCCUGCCUCCUGGACCUUGCCAGCUGUCCCUGUCUGUCCCCGGCCCAGCCUGAAUUGGACCCCCUGUCCUAAGCUGUAAAGGGCAUAAAGCCGGCCCAGGCGAUCCCAGUGGGAAAGGGCCUUGGGUACCACCUGGGCUGAAGCCUGGAGAAAGACCCGUGUUGCCUCUGCCCCAUGUGAUGCUUCCAGUGGCUUCAUGUGGCUCCCAAAGCCCUUUGGCAUUAAAGCCGCCACCCUCUUGCCUGGGAACAGCCUGGCUUGUCUUCCUCCUCCAGUAGUGCCAGGCCUGUGCCCCUGCGUGGCAGGAUUUAUAAGCCAGUUUUGUUUAAAGUUCAUGCCUGUUGCCAUCCCUCUGUGCUGUGCUCCUGCUCUAUUUAUCAUCCCGGUGCUACCCCCUCCCCCAGAAGGCAUGAGCUUCCAGGCUCAUCCCCCACCCGCCCUCGCAGGCUCUCAGCCCCUUGGGGGCAGGGGGCCUCUGAGGAUGGGUGGUACAAAAAUGAGCUCGGAUCGCUGGAGGCUCAGGUCACGACAACAAUGACUCACCCUAAGUGGCAGUUGACAGAGUACUUUCACAUCCUGCCUGCCUCACAAAAGCCUGGCUGAGCUGCAGAAUCUUCCCCAUGUUACAGGGUUAUGUGUCUCAGUGGAUCGAGCCAGUGCCCCGUUGCAGAGGGUCCUCCUGCCCCCAGCUGACCCAAAUGCCAGAAAUGGUGCCUCGUGCUUCGGCCAGCUCGGGGCCUCCUCAGGCGACCAGAGCAGGCAGAUAUGGGACAGGAAAAGGGGGGCUCCAGAGGCGCCAAGGACCAGAUCAGCCACCCAGAUCAGAGCCACAGGAACUGGGGCCCCUCAAUGGUGACACAACCACGACUGUCCGUCUCUGCACAUCCGAGGAGGCUGGGCAGCACCCAAAGGCUAUCGCCAGACUUCUCCAGCAACAUGAAGAGGACAAGAAGAAAUGGGCCCUACAGGUGGAAAAGGAAAGGGAGCUAGAGCUUGGAGAGAAACUGGAUGAACAGCGAAGGGUCUUGGAGAAAGAGCAUGAGGAGGCUCUGCAAGUCCUCCGGGCCUCCUAUGAGCAGGAGAAAGAAGCCCUUACCCACUCCUUCCAGGAGGCCAAGGCGGCCCUGCAGGAGACCAUUGAUGGCCUCACUGCACAGCUGGAGGCCUUCCAGGCCAAGAUGAAGAGGGUAGAGGAGUCCAUCCUGAGCCGAGACUACAAGAAGCACAUCCAGGAGUACGGGAGCCCCAGCCAGUUCUGGGAGCAGGAGCUGGAGAGCUUACACUUUGUCAUCGAAAUGAAGAAUGAGCGGAUUCAUGACCUAGACAAGCGGCUGAUCCUCACGGAGACAGUGAAAGAAAAAAACCUGCUGCUGGAGGAGAAAAUCACCGCCCUGCAGCACGAGAACGAGGACCUGCACGCCCGAGGCCACAACCAGAUGGUUGUGUCGAGGCAGCUCUCAGAGGACCUGCUCCUUGCCCGCGAGGCCCUGGAGAAGGAGAUCCAGUUACGGCGGCAGCUCCAACAGGAGAAGGAGGAGCUGCUCUACCGGGUCCUGGGGGCCGACGCCUCCCCCGCCUUCCCCUUGGCCUCUGUCACCCCCACGGAGGUCUCCUUCCUCGCCACAUAGGGCCUGGGCCACCAUGACGCCUGUGGUCACAGCUUUCUCUCCAGGACUUGGCAGAGAACACGGCAGGGACCUCUGGUCCUUUUCCCAGGCAGGGACAAGGACAGGAGUGAGGGGGGAGCCAGGCUGCGUGCCCAUGAGGCCUGGGGGCUCGGGCCACAGAGCACCACCCAUGGGGCUGCCCAGGCCUGAGCAGCUUUGCCCCUCGAGCUGAUGCAGGGAACAAACAAGAGGAAUCCUCUCCCCUCCCCCUUUCUCCCUGCACAACUUGGGGUUGGGGGUGGAUCUGAGGCUCCCCCGGGGGCAGCCACGCCACACUGAUCACCUGAGCAAGAGGCGACACCCCCCUGGUCCUAACUUGUCAGCUUCGCUGCUGCCUCAUCAACCACUCAACGUUCCCCCUCUACCCCGGCUUCUCUCAGCUCUAAACCAUUUGCAGAAACUGAAAUGGCCCUGGAGUCCCUCCCUGUCCCACUGGGGGAUUUGUCUCAAGGUCAGACUAGGGGACCGGAGAGGACGUGGGCCACACCCUGUGAACCAAACUAGGAAAAGGGAGCAGCUGGGAGGGGGCACUGGAGGCCCUGCCAACUGCAGGACGCGGGACAGAGUCCCGGGCCCAGAGUCUGGUCCAUCCAGGGCUUACAGGCUGGGCUGCUCCUCCUGGACCAGGCAAGGCUCACUCCCCAGCCCUCCGGCUCCCUCAGUCUUAGUGCCACCAGGACACGGGGGCCACCUAGUGGCUCUAAGUGCCCUCAACAGCCAGAGCCAGAAUUUCACCUGUGUACAGAUGAGGAAACCUAGGGAGAAGUAGGACCGACAGAGCCAGGGGACUAGGACUUCAUCUGUCACCCAGGCUCUACCUUUUUUUUUUUUUUUUUUUUUUUUUUUAGGGCCAUACUUGCAGCAUGUGGAGGUUUCCAGGCUAGGGGUCAAAUCGGAGCUACAGCUGCCGGCCUACACCACAGCCACAGCCACACCUGAUCUGAGCCAUGUCUGAGACAUACACCACAGCUCAUGGCAACGCCAGAUCCUUAACCCACUGAGCGAGGCCAGGGAUCAAGACUGCGUCCUCAUGGAUCCCAGUUGGGGUUUGUUACCGCUGAGCCACAGCGGGAACUCCCAGGUUCUACCUUAUCGUACUUUUUCUUUCUCCCCAGGUUCUGGGAGGUGAGAUCUGGGACUUAGUCUUUCUCCUCCUUUCUCUCGGGCCCCCAGCCCUUUCCAGUCUCCUCCACGCCCACUCUCCACUACCCCCCCCCCCGCCCCGCCGCAGCCCUCAGUCUCCCCGUCAGUGUGAAGGGCUGGGUGCUGGGGUAACUAACCUCCGCAAGCCUGUCCAGCCCCAUCUGUGGAUUCAGGAGUCUUCUCAGGAAGCUUUGGAUCUUUUGGAGACAAGCAUUUUAAUUAAAUGCUUUCACACACGCCCCCCCCCCCUCCCCAAUCCACUGAAGAUCCUUCAAGCAGGUUCUUAGCCAGCUUUAGCAGAAAGCCAACUGAAGAACUGAGGUCGAGGAGCCAAUGGACCUUGCCCGAGCCCCCGCCCACCCUCCACCCCCCACCCCUGGCCCUCGGGCCAGCAGGUAGGAAAAGUCAACUCACUGGAACUGAGGUUUCCUGUCUUCCGCAGCUGCCCUCCUCCUUCCCUGGGGUCUGGGCUUCACCCUCUUCUAGUUCUAAGGGUUCAGAUGGGACUCUGCUUCUCCAGCCCUGGGCAGACAGGUCAGCCAGGCGCCUUGGGGCCCAUUCUGGAGUGAAACACAUGCUUCUUCCUGUAACUCUUGCCAAAACCUGGCUGGGAUAGGCUGGUUCAUUAGACAUUAAUGGUGACAGCAAGGAAAAGAAUUGGUGGCCAAAUAAUUUGGGAAACUCUAGGUUCACUCCACUUAAAUAGCUCUGCAAACUGCAGGACUUCUCAGAGCCUUUAAUGUGCUCACAUGCACUCACUGCAGAUUCCCAAGAAGGAGGCCAAGUGUCCAGCAUCUCCCAAACAUCUUUGACCAAGUUUCUGCCCCCAACCCGAGCACUUCAGGCUGCAAAAUGCACUUUAAGAGACAUGGUUUUCAUUGCGAGGGGCUGGGCUGGAGGAGGGGCAGGGUGUGGGCAGAGGGGUUUCCCCCAUGUGGCCUGUGGUGGAUGUGACCAGGCGCCCUGGGUCACACCAUCACACCCGGGGCAGGUGAGCUAUGGAAACUAAAAAAGAAUACAUGGGACCACAUUGAUUUGGCCUCUGUUUUCCUGGAAGAGGGAAUAGGUGGCCCUUCCUGGAGGCCUCUGCUAGGGGCGGGGUUCUUGAGGAUUAAGUCCUGGGGCCUGGGGGAAUUGCCAGCAGUUCUGGCUCCUCCUCAGGCACGGGCACCCCCAGGUUCUGGCUUUGCCCAGGCUUGAUGUGGGGCCUGGGGCUGAAGUAAAGGCUGGCUCCAAGGCUGGCUGUCACAACAGAUCAAGGACUGGAGUGAGGUCAUGGGUUGAAUCAAGAGGCAAAAGCAGUGAUGGGGCUUCCAGAGUUUAAGGGGUGAAUGUGAAGCUUCUUUCUACUUUUUCCAGGGGGCAGGGGGCACCUCCUUGGCUUCGUAACCACUGAGGUUCACACAGCUGCCUAUCCCUGCUUCUACCCACUGCUCCCUGGAUGCCAGGGAGCAGGAGACACAGGACAUGGAUGGUAGCUGCCCCUGUGCCCCCAAGAUCAGUAGCCUGGCAGGUACAGAUGGCACCUUCCCCCACCCAGGCCUCUCCCGCAUACAGGAUGCUGCCUGCACCCUGCUGUACCUGUGUGUCCUGGGAGGCCAUGUCCAUGUCAUCAUGAGCCUUGCUCGCUGACUCCAGGAGGCAGGGAAAGUGGUGAGCCCCACUGCAGAGACAAAAAAAUAACAGUCUGUCAGCUGCCCCAGGUGCCAUCUCUGACUGGGGCACAGCAGGCAAGUAGAGGCACAGUUGAACCCCUUCAGAGGAAGGGACAACUUGGUCCAGGUCACACCUCAGCAUCAGGGCACCUGCAAGGCCCAGUACUUUGUGGACAAAGAUAAGUGGUUCGAGUCCCUGGAGAGCUGAGGUCCCCUCCCCACCUCGGGGAGAAGCAGGAAGGAACUCAGUGCCUCCCGGCAUGGGUUUUGUCACACUCAGGUUCAGGUUUUGUCGCCCUCAGGUUCUGCGGGGAUGGCCGUGGGUGCCCCCCCCCAAGGGGGAGUAUCUGGGAAACAGUCAAGCAAAGUAAAACUGGGGAAACUCAGAGCACAGAGUCUAUUCGUGUGUGGUGUGUGUUUUCAGUCUCCAAGGAAAAUGGGUAUAAGAGGCAGCGUUUUCCUUAAGAACAGGGUCUUUGGUGUUCUGCCAUUCCCAAGGAACAUGUCUGGGGAAAUGCAGGCCUAGCAAAGCCAGUGCCUCCCAGCCAUCUGGGUGUUCUUGUCCCCUUGUUGGGUCUCAAGUUUCUACUUUUGACAGGUGGGAGAAUGAUGCCUCACUCUUUCUUCCUCCUAAGGCCUCUGGGAGUCUCACCUUCAAGUUUUUGCAGGGUCCAGCCCUCCCCUGAAGAUUCACGUCACAUUCCAGCCCCUCCAGGAUGCCCUUCUCAGAAUUCCUGGAGUUCCCCUUGUGGCUCUGUGGGUUAAGAAUCUGACACAGUGUCCGUGAGGAUGCGGUUCAAUCCCUAGCCUUGCUCAGUGGGUUCUGUGUUGCCACAAGCUGUAGCAUAGGUUGCAGAUGCAGCUCAGAUCCUGUUGCCAUAGCUGUGAUAUAAGCCUGUAGCUGCAGCUCCUAUUCAAUCCAUAGGCUGCAAACUCCCAUAUGGUGCGGGCAGCCAUAAAAAGAAAAUUCCUAAAAAAUCUCAUGGGUGGAAUCCUACUGUUUGGCACAUCUGUUCUCCAUAGGUUUGAGGUUACAGGUUGAGUUCUUUGAAAGGAAAGAACAUCACCACCCCCACCCAGGGAAGGUCUGGGCCCAUCGGCAAUGGCCAGGACACUUGGUCCAUUUUUCAUCACAUCCACAACCAGCCAUGGGGCCUGUGCCCUUGUUCAAGCCCCAUUUUCAUGUGAUUUGGGCCAGUCUGGUCUCGGCUUGAAUGGCACCUCACCCAACUCCCUGACUAUCUCAGUAGACUUUCUCGCAUUGCCUUAUUUUGCCCUUGAUGGAGCACCGAGUAUUCUGUAGAUGACUGUGGUUGUUCAUUCCCCAGCUCUGCCUUCCCAUGUAGACUGUGAGCUUGCAGAGAGGGGAAGACAUCGCUCUAAUCCAUCAUCGUAGUCUCAGCACCUAGGACAGUGCCGGCCAUGUGGUAGGGGCUCAAUAAUUAUUGGACAAAUGAAAAUGAAUUAAACACUUUUAUACCCUAA